AUGAAGUUUGGUCGCCGCAUCAAGGACUCGCGCUACUCGGAGUGGGCAGACCAGUACAUCGACUACUCUGCGCUCAAGAAGCAGAUCAAGAAGAACCUGCCAUGGACAGCCGAGGCCGAGGUGGAAUUUAUCGCGUCACUCACUGGCGAACUUGAAAAGUGUGAGAGCUUCCAGCGCCAGAAGGCGCAGGAGAUCAACCUCCGCAUCGACAAGCUCGAGAAGGAGGUGUACGACCUUGUCGCCAAGGCUACCGCCGAGGACAGCGGUGACGACGUAUCGUCGGAUGAGCCACCCACGGAGCGCGAAGUCGAGGCGCAGGUCGACAGCUACGUCGACGAGGAUGGAGGAUCGGACGAUGAUGACGACGACCGAGAUGAGGACGACGAGCCAAUGAGCCUCGACGAUAUUGAGGAACGCUUCAAGGAGCUCGAGGAGGAGGUCGCGGUUCUCGUGGCCGACGUGCACGACCUUGCGCUCUUCACCAAGCUCAACUUUACCGGCUUUAUCAAGAUUGUCAAGAAGCACGACAAGCUCACCGGCUUCCAGUUAAAGCCGUCCUUCAACAAGGAGGUCCUGGAGAAGCACCCAUUCUACAAGAUGAACUAUGACGUCGUAAUAGUAAAGCUCUCCAAGCUCUUCGACCUUGUCCGCACACGCGGUAACCCUGUCGAGGGCGACUCUUCUGCCGGUGGCAGCCAGAACGCGUUCGUGCGCAGUACGACCAAGUACUGGGUACACGAGGAGAACAUUGUGCCACUCAAGCUCAACGUACUAAAGCACCUGCCAGUGCUCGUGUUCGACCCCAACAAGGAGUUCGACGUCAAGGACUCGGCCAUCACGUCCAUCUACUACGACAACGAGGAUCUCGAGCUGUAUCUCGGUCGCCUCGAGAAGACCGAGGGUGCAGAGGCUAUCCGUAUGCGUUGGUACGGUGACGUCGACGGCAAGGUCGUCUUCGUCGAGCGCAAGACGCACCGUGAAGAUUGGACAGGCGAGAAGUCGGUCAAGGAGCGCUUCACCAUCAAGGAAGACAAGCUCAACGACUUUUGCGCGGGCCGCUACACGAUGGACGCUGAGUUUGACGCACUUGUUGCCAAGGGCAAGAAGACGGAGAAGGAAGUUGAGAACAUGAAGCAACUCGCCGACGAGAUUCAGUACGCCAUUGUCACGCGCAAGCUGUGCCCCGUCAUGCGGUCGUUCUACAACCGUACCGCGUUCCAGCUACCUGGGAACGCGUCUGUGCGCAUCUCACUCGACACCGAGCUCACGCUCGUGCGCGAGGACAGCUUUGACGGUGUGGACCGCACAAACGGCAACUGGCGCCGCACGGACAUGGGCAUCGACUUCCCCUUCCCGACCGUGAAGAAGCAGGACAAGGAGCUGUUCCCGUACGCGGUUCUCGAGGUCAAGCUGGCCACGCGUGUGGGCGAGGAGCCUCCUCAGUGGAUCCGCGACCUCGUCCACUCGCACCUUGUCGAGGCCGUCCCCAAGUUCUCCAAGUUCAUUCACGGCUGCGCGACGCUCCUUCCCGAGCGUGUGGACCUCGUACCCUUUUGGCUGCCCCAGAUGGACGAGGACAUCCGGAAGCAGCCGAGUGCGGAAUCUCGUGUGCUCAUCGAGCGCCCUGUCUCGCAGACACAUAGUGCCGAAAGCAGUUCGCAAGCCCACUCCCAGCCCAACUCGCCGCACAUGGACGGCACCGACACGUACCAGGAGCCCGUGUCCGAGGGCGAGGACGACGAAUACCUUGUCGAGGCGUCGGCGACGAACGAGGACGCACAUCUUCGACUGCCAGCCGAGGCGGCCGAGGAGGCCAAGGCGGCGCGCGAGCAUCGCGAGCGUAACUUACGCUCUGGGCCCGACUCGAGUGGUUUCCAGCGCCCCGCACCUAAGAAGUACCACCGUGGGCUGGGUGUGGACCCUCUGCAGCCGUCGAACAAAUUCGACUCAAACGUGAGCGCCCUCGAUGCCAAGUUGCACGACGCGGCGAAGCGGGGGCAUCGCGAAUCAGACGACGACGCCGAGGAUGCAGAUGAGGGGGGCGAGGACGAGGGCGAUCCGAAUCACGUCGAGUUCACGCGCGAGUUCCGCGCGCCGACGGGAAAGCGUAUCGCGAUCCCCGUCCGCAUCGAGCCCAAGGUCAUCUUUGCGACUGAGCGCACCUUCCUCAAGUGGCUGCACUUUGCUGUCCUCCUCUCUGCCGUCUCGAUUACUCUGAUAAACUUUAUCCCGCCCGGCGACACGGUCGGCUUUAUUGCUGCUGCGUGCUUCACUUUCACGGCGCUGAUGGCCACCGCAUACUCGGGCGUCAUGUAUGCGUGGCGCGUCCUGCGUAUUCGUGCGCGCCGCGCCGUAGACUACCACGACAAGUAUGGGCCGACGGCGCUGUGUCUCGCCCUCAUUGCUAGCGUUCUCGUCAACCUCAUCCUCCGUGUUCGCGAGCUGUAG